GGUGCUGGCACCAUGCAUCCUGAAUAUUUUAAUAUAUUUAGAAUCCUGCUUUCUCUUUCACGUAACUUCGUUAAAGGGGUCACAGUCUUGAUCCCUCCUCCCGCCCUGAUUGGCAGAACAAGGAGCCCACCUACACUGGUUCCAUGCAUGCAGGUAGGGCGCAUGUAUGUAGGCCAUUUGACUCAUGGCCACCUGCAGAUGCGUACAGAAGAGGCAGUUUUGUUUUUCCAGUUCCUCAGCUCGAUGACAUUUUUCUUUUUUUUUCUUUUUUGUUGUUGUAUCGAAAGCAGUGUCCGAGUCGAUAGGAGUAUUGUAAUCUAGUCGCCUGGGCUACUAAGGAAUUUCUCAAAGCGAGGCGUCGCGGGUCUCUCGCACCGCAUCUUCCUGCGACCCACUCCGGUAACGUUAGUAGCCACUUCCCCCCUCCGUAUGGGACGCUCGCCUGUGCUGCACAGUUGACUGGAUCAAUAUGGGCCAGGCAUUGUGGCGCCGGGACCUGGGCACGCGGCAGUGCAUCGAAGGAUAGCCCACAAUGAAUGAGUGCGGUGUAAUUAGUUGCUAAAUUUUUUUUUUUGCUGCCCUUGUAUGAAGCCCCAGGUUACUAGCAUCAUCAUAAGGGCUAGGCGGGAGGAGCCUGCCGUGUC